AGACGCACGCUCGUCCGUCCCGCUCCUCCAAGUUCGAAUUACGAAAAUUGUGUUCUGAUUUCAAAGAUUUAAACUUUUUAAAUAUUAUGACUAAGACUAAUAAAAAAAUUUAAUCAUAGUGAUGUGUUCGUGAGGUGUACAGAGUGUGAUUUUAGUGAACUUUAUCGAGAAAAAAGAUAAGGAACUUUUAAAUUGUUGUAAUCUCCCCAAGAUGUGAAGCUGAGGGUCAUGGAAGAAGCGGAGUGCUCCAACUGCAGCUACCUCGCUGGGUUCAAUGACUCCUUCGUCAACAAUACUAAUGCCACUCAAAUCAACAAGUUUUUCUUUUAUCAGACGGCCCAAUUGGCAGUACUAUGGGUUCUGCUGGUGGCAAUCGUGGCCGGCAACGCGACCGUGGUGCUGGCUCUACUGCUCACCAAGUCCAGGAAGAGUAGGAUGAACUUCUUCAUCAUGCAACUCGCUAUAUCAGAUCUACUGGUGGGACUGUUCAAUGUGUUGCCAGAUUUAAUACAUCGAAUUACUAUCACAUGGAUGGCCGGGUCACUGGCCUGCAAAAUUGUGAAAUAUUUACAGGGUGUAGUAACAUAUUCGUCUACUUACGUAUUAGUAGCUCUUAGUGUGGACCGUUGUGAUGCGAUCACACAUCCCAUGAACUUCACUGGAAGCUGGCGUCGCGCGCGAGCUCUUGUAUUGGGCGCCUGGUUCAUCAGCUUCCUUUUCUGUGUUCCUAUGUUAUUUUUAUUUGACGAAGAAGACGUAGGUAAAAUCCAAUGCUGGGCGGACAUCAGCUUAUUGCAAUGGCGGAUAUGGAUAACGACCGUGUUUAUAUCCCUGUUCGUUGCGCCUGCGCUGACCAUAGCCGCGUGCUACGGCGUCAUUGUGUUCACCAUCAGACACAAGAGUCAGAAGGUGCUGGGCAGAAGAGUCACAACGAAACAAUACAGUGACGAUUUGGACAGUCGUCGUGCCAGCAGCAGAGGAAUCAUACCAAAGGCGAAAAUAAAGACGGUGAAGAUGACUUUCGUCAUUGUUUUUGUUUUCAUCAUCUGCUGGUCGCCGUAUAUGAUCUUCGAUAUCCUGCAAGUCUACGGCUUCGUACCAGAGACACAGGUCAACACGGCCAUCGCUUCGUUCAUCCAAAGCCUGGUCCCACUCAACUCCGCUGCUAACCCAGUCAUCUACUUUAUAUUCUCUAACAGGAUCUUUGUUAGCCUUAGGAACAUACCGCCAUACAAAUGGCUGUGGUGUUGGAUGCGUGCCAGCGACAGCCCUGCUGGCAACGAGUCCAGAGCUCACACAGAAUUGCUGACGUCAUCCCACAGGAGAACCAGGCACGACCUGACAGUUAGGGUAAAAGAAGACACUUUGAAGUACCCGAAGCAGAGGGUCCACCAAGUCAACAGCACCAAUUCAAAAAAGGUCCGUCUCCACUUACCUGAGAACCAGCUUAAUAACAACUGCCAGCAAAAACGACGAAGGGAAGACACUUUCUUGUAGUAAUAUCAUAAGCUUUUGUUAUUUUCGGAAUAGAUAUAAUGUUUUUACGAAAGCGUGUGAAGAAUGUACGUACCUACGUGAAAUGAAAUGUAUGUACGUGAGAUAAAUAAUUAACACAUUUAUUAUGCAAAUCAAAAAUAACAUCGAAAUAUUAUUUUAACAAUAAAAUAUUACAUUCCUUUAUAAUACGGAAUAUACUCGCCUCUUUUUAGAGUACGAAGAAUUAUGAGCCGCAGUAGAACACAAAUAUUGCCUAGAAAAAAGAAAAAAAAAACUUUAAAUGAAUCUUGAUUACCAAAGACACAGAAAUAUGUAUAUUUUUAUUACGAUUAUAAACGUUGUCAUCAAAUUAAGUCUAUAUCAGCUAUCUAACUGGAAAUUUGCGACAUGUCCGAGUAAUUUUGGUUAUCGUUACAGUUAUUUGAUACAUAAAAAUAUACAUAUUUCUGUUUCUUUGGUAAUCAAGAUUCAUUAAAAGUUUUGUUUUUUUUUUUAAUAAAUAGACCAUUUCGCAAAAAUAGAUUUUUUUGAACUAAUUUAUAUUUCGAUUCCACAUUUUUUAUUAUCUUCUAAAUUCCAUUAUCAUAUAUUAUUAUAAAAUGUUAGUAAAAUAUAUUUUUUCGACUACUGUUAAUCUAUAUAAGAACACUAGCGGUCCGUCCCGGCUUCACCCGGUUAAAAACAUAAUAAAUUAUACGCCUAAACCUUUCUUAGAAAUUACACUGUAUAUUAUUAAAUAUAAAAAAUUCGUGCAGUAGUUUUUGAGUUUAUCGCGAACAGACAAACAGACAGACGCGGCAGAGGACUUUGUUUUAUAAUUAUGUAAAGAUUUGCUGUGAGGUCUGGCCUACGUGAGCGAUUUCAUCUGGAAACUGGAAGCGAGGAAAAAUAAUCACGUUUUCGGAGGUCUCGUGUUAUCAUUUAAUUUAACAAUCAAAAUAUAAUAUUGAGAUACUUUAAUUAUUUGGCAAUUCAUAAAAUUAAAAUAUCCAUCCAUGCAUCCAAAUGAAAAUACACAAACUUAAAUAGGUAACUUAGGUAUACAGUUUUUGGUAAUGAAUAUUAAUUUUAAUAUUAUUAUGUAGUUAUCUAUAUAUUAGAUUUUUUUUAGAUCUAAAUGCAGCCGGUCGGUAGUUAUACCUAGGUGGAGCCUGCUUAUCUUCGGCUAGACCUACAUUCAGUCCGUAAAAUAUCUAAAUAAUUCUGCUAGCAUUCUGAAAACAAUUAACAUCCAUAUUUACAGUCAUAAUAGACAUCAGUCGCGUGUAAUUUAUAAUAAUAAUAUUAAUUUAUAAUGAUAAUUUGUUAGUGUGACCCAAUGACAUCAAACAAACUAAUUAGGGAAUGCUCCGAAGCAUAAAAUGUUCUAUUAAUUGCUCGACUGCUCAAAAAAGGAGUGACAUGAUUUCAGCGUUCAUGUUUUGUAUGUAUCUAUGUGAGUUUCUUUAUUCAAAAACGUAAGAAGCAUAGAAAAAAAUGAUUGUGUUUUUUCUUAUUUUUUUCUAAAAUUGGUUAUCUUUUGGUAGUAAAAUACCUUUUUGUACGAAACUUGUGCGUGUUUGGUAAUAAUAAAUCUGUCUUGUCUGUGUUGUUAUAUGUAAUGUCAUUAAUAUAUUUAUAUAAAUUUAUGAAUGUAAUGUAACAUAAACCAAUACAGGGACUUAAUAGUAUUGUAAUAAAGUUUGGAAUUGUCUGUUAAAAAAAUAUAACCUAAAAAUUUCUAUAAGUAAGUAUUAUUGAUUUAUAUCAACAAUCGGUUUUAUUUCAAACGUAUUUUAGUUUAAAAUAUUGUCUUUUUUAAAUUAUAGUUAUAUGGUAUUCCAUUUUUCACUAGUGACACAAAAAAAGGAUUUAUUUUUGUGUUUUGUUAACUUUUACGAUUUGGGCCCAAACAAUGUAUGCUAUAGGUAUACCUACUUAUGUAUUAUUUACCUUUAAGUAAACAAUUUCAUUGUAAAAUAUUUGAUACAUAAUAAACUAUAUAGGAAUGUGCCAAAGCAAAUAGAGUCAAACUCAAGUCAUAGUUUUAAACAUACCUACCUUUAUAUUCUUAGUACUAAAGUUUAAAACGUAUUUAUUCGUAAGUUGAUAAAAUGUGACAUAGAAUAAAUU